AAGAUCAGAAGGCUUCCGCGCGCGCUGCUCUCCGUCGUGCGUUUUGGUUUCCCUCCGAAGUGCCCAAAGCAACCGAGCCCGACGAAGCCGAACCGAAGCGCCCUCCGCCAUCACCACCACCGCCCGCCUCCCCUCACCCUCAGCCUCGCCCCCACCCUCGCGUCGCCGUUCCUUGGCUAUGGAGCCGUAACCCGAACAUCAGCGCGCUUUAAGUGAGCCGCGUGCGUGCGUGAGACCGAGCGGCGAUGGAGGAGCAGCGCGGCGCGCGCGGAGUCUAGACGGACGACCCAACGCACCUCCGGAUUACCUUUUUUUUCACACCAAAUUGUUUUCUCUCUCUUUCUUCAGAACUCUUAAUAUCACUAUUAGAGCAGGAAUCCCCUCCCCCCCCCCUCGCGCCGCCACCGCCGCCCCCCCCCCCUUUCUCUUUUUUUUUUUUUUUACUUCUUUCCACAUCGCCAUCAUAUCGCAGUAUCGUUGCGCGGCGAGGAUGCAGGGGAAGGAGGCGAGCUUUUGCGCAGGAUGCUGGAGACUAACGCUGCUGUCGUGCGUCCUGGCGCUGCACCUGGUCCCGCUGUCGGUCCACGGAAACGUCGUGGGCUCCAACGCCACCGAGCCGGACCACGUGGCCAACAUGACCUCCCAUCUCACUGAGGAGGAGGAGGGGGGGCCUCUCAAGGGCAACGAGGCUGUCGCCACGGUGACGGCGGCGAGCAGCUCGGCCGGCCCCGCCACCGCGACCCCGAAGGCGGGCCGGGUCGCCCGCGCCGGCGAGGAGGACGAGCAGAGCAGCGGCAUGUUCGGCGAAGCGGCGGUUCCCGCGCCGGGGGAGGAGGAGGAGGAGGAGGAGGGGGGGGUCGACGUCGCCGCUCCGCCGCAGCUGAGCCCCGACUCGGCCGAGACGGAGCACCUGUUGCCGAGCAACCCGCGGCCACAGGACGUCACGGGGAGCGAGGAGGAGGAGGGAGGAGAGCGUCUGCCGCAAACCGACCCACCUUGGAUCCACGGCAAGGACACGGCCGUGUUCGACAUGGACCGCCUCUUCACCACCACCUCCACCUCCACCACCUCCACCACCACCACCACCACCACCACCACCACCACCGCUCCGCCCUUAGCCCCCACCAACCCCGCCGGCCCCGACGUCCUCCACGUCGACUUCUUCGACCCCUCGUCUCGCGGGCGCGGCCACGAGCUGCUGGCGCCGCCCUCUCCCUCAUCGCUGGCCCACGAGCUGCAGGGAGGCGACACGACCUCCUGGGCGAUGCCCGACAACUACGACUACCUCACGCCCUACGAGGACGGCGCGUCCCCGACGGCCGACGAGUACGCCUACAGCACCACGCCCGACGCCUACGAGGGCGACGUCCCGGGGCCUGGCUCCUUCGCGCCGGGGGCGGCGCUCCCCGGCGCCGGAGCUGCGGCCCCGAACGCGGGCUCGGACGGGAUGGGCGGAUGCCGCGCCGGUUUCCAGAUGGUGAACGGAAGCUGCCGCUCGCCCUGCGACGUGCCGCCCAACUACUGCUUCAACGGGGGCCAGUGCUACCUGCUGGAGGGCAUGGGGGUCUUCUGCAGGUAUGACGUACACAGCAUGUACUGCACACGGGACGAGAUCUCCUCUGGAAUGGCGUUUGCGUCUCCACUCUCCUCCUUCCUAUCUCUCCAUCAUGUUCCCUCGUCUCGCCCCCCACCCCCCCCCCCCCUGCUCACCGUCGUCCUUUCGUCCUUACCUUCAAACUCUGUUUACCCCUCACAUCGUACCCGUGUCCUUCUCCACCUUUCACCCAUCUGCCUCCACCAUCACCCCCCCCCCCCCCCCCCCACUCCGCUCCAUCCUCCGACACCCAGCAGUAAGUACCGGCCUUCAUCGGAGCAGCACAAUGAUAAUUUCUCGCUGUCCACCAUCGCUGAGGGCUCCCACCCAAAUGUAAGGAAACUGUGCGACACCCCUCCUAACGUCCCUCAUGCCCGUGCAUUGGCUUACUAUGAUAACAUUAUCUGUCAGAAAACCAUGAGCAGAUACACCUGGGAGUGUAAGACCAAAGAGGAGUCCGACUGCGAGGACGAUCCUAAUUCCCAGAACAAGCUGGAGGACCCGGUGAAGGCUCCGCCCAAGGAGGACGACUCCCUCAACAUCCACAACUCUCUGACCCCCAAACACGAGAACCACAAGGUCCUGGGCGAGGAGAACUCCUCGGAGGUAAACUCACUGCAGAACAACAUGAUGUGAACAACAAAACAAGCCCAGCAACCCGACCGCACAACACUGAAAACGACAAAAGGUGCGCCGGCAACGGGAGCCCCCCCCCCCCAACCCCCCCAACCCCCAACAACCCCCCCCCCCCCCCCUCCUCCCCUCGGCUCCCCGUCCAACGGGUCAACCGACCGACCAACCAACCAACCAGCCUGCCAACCAACGUACCAGCACACCGACCCUGGUCGACAACCGUCUCCAACGCGGCCAAACUGCCACCAAGCGGCCCAGGCUGCUGCAAAAAAACAACAACACCGUGCACCACCACCAACACCACCGACACCACCACCACCAACAACACCACCGACACCACCAACCCCAUCCAACACCACCAACUGCUGCCGCCGAUAGCGCCCCUGCUGAGAGUAAACCCCCCCCCCCCCCUGCCAUCAAACCUCACCCCGCCGUCGCCGCCUCGCAACCCCCUCUUAGAUACACUCACGCCCCCCCCCGUUUCACGGGCCCGCCCCCCCCCCCCAUCCCCUUGUUGCUGUCACUUUAUUCUCCCUAAUCUGUCCUACCUGCGCACACACUCGCACACGUACACACAAACGCACAUAAGAAGCACACACACACAUACAGUGAAAAGAUCAAAACAAAGACACGCGUAUGUAUGUACACACACACACACACACACACACACACACACACACACACACACCUUCCCCUGCCUGCAUUGGUGUAUUUUGUAAAAAGAAAUCAUACAGAAGUUUAAAACGUACGUAAAACGUCCUUGUAAAAAAAAAAAAAAAAAAAAAGGUUAAAAAGUACUGAGAGAUUUUGAUGUUUGUCUGACUAAUCCAGUGAGUAUGUAUAAAUAUUGGAGAAAAAAAAAAUAUCCUUGGAUUGAUUUCAAAAGAAGCAACACAAUGUGUCUUGGUUUUCAUUGAUGUGAUUUCUAAUCCUUUGAUGUAUUUGGGUUUUUUUGUCGUUUUUUUUGUACUUUUUUGGGGACUUUGAACAGAAUAAAUAAAACGCGAUUCAGACAGUUGUUGAAAUAAACCUUUUUAACACGA